AUGUUUCACAACAUGGGGUCUAGUCAACAUGGCUCCGGGGGAAACCAUGGUGAACGUCGCCAGUCAAGACCCUCGAGUGCGCCGACGGGAUCACACCCCUACUUACCGAGUCGUUACUCGUCUCCAGCCCUAGCUGUAGAGGCAUCUUCCGGAGGCGGUGACCGAAAUAUCGGCAGUGAUGUGAAAUCCCAAAAGAUUCAACAAGCUGAAACCAUUCUCCUCCAACUUGGUCCGCUUGCCUAUUUCGACAAGCAUACUUCCAUUUGCUACGUGUUGAACAAAAAUUUGUUGGACGUCGAUCUUGAUACACCAGCGUACAACUACAUCCUGCCUUUGCGUACAUAUCCCCCAUAUCUGUACAGUCUCACCAGAAAUGGCAAUAUUAUUCAGGCUCAAGGUUCGGGUAUCAUCAAUUUCUUAGACAGCAAGGGAAACGUCAUUCCCGUGCUGGCAUGGUACAUUCCCAAAGCGGCCACUUCUGAGAGCCACCCGGUGAUGAUAAGCCCAACAACAUUACUCGCGGCAGGAUACCUCUACACUUCGUACAGCAAAUGCCACUAUCAAUUUAAACACCCCCAACAUGGCUCGGUGUGGGUAUUUCGUAUCCAAGGCCAAUUUCUCAUGCCAAUCAAAACUCUGGUUGACAUUGACGCUAUUGGGGACGCGUGGUGCCGGCUUAACGAUGUUGAAAUUCACCGUAUCAACCAGAAUUUGCCCACGAACUUUGAGUAUGUUGACAUUGAGGAAUCUCAGAGAAAUGUUGUGAAGAUGAACCGGCAUUUGCACACGUUAUUCGCUCAUGCUGAUCAGACUCAAGUUACUGCCACCUUUCAGAAGUUCUUGUGUAGUGUAGUUGACAAAACACACAUCACCCUGGUCGACUGUGGCGAGUGUCGUGAAUAUGUUACAGAACCUCGGCCUGUGGGUCGCUCCCAAUGCUCACAAGGGUAUGAGUUAACGUUCUUCGUUGACGUUUUUGAAUCCCCCAGAUUUCUUCCGGGGAAGUCAACUGAAAGGACGGUCUGCUUUGAGGAAGUCGGUAGUGGGUUUCUCUACUUGCGAAACGUCCAGUAUAAACACGGUUGUCUUACUACUUUGCAUAAACUUAUCAGCGAGGCAUCUCGUGAACGCCGCAUUGGAAAGGCCCGGGUUAUAAAAGCGUCCAGGGCCGAGAAGCUUCUUACCAUUACCAGAGAAGAUGUGCAUACUUGGUUCAAAAACCCCCAAGCACUAAGACCUGUUAAAGCAUAUUUGGAUAUUUCUGAGAGAAAUCGCCACCUUGAUGAUGAGGAAUUUGAUGCUCUUUGUUGGAAUAAGGCACAUCACCGGGUUGACGUCUCCGUGACCAGCGAAACGGAAGAAACCGCUCGCCCUGAUCUAGAGCGGUUCAUCGUGAAGCUGUCGAAAAAGCUACUCAGUUCGCUGGGACUCCCCACACAGUUUGCACAGCUUGCGGCGAUCCACUUCGUCAACACCCACAAUAUGAUGAUUGAUUUGCGGCUUAAGGAUGAUGUUCUGCGGGAGGAAGAUGAAAGCUACUCGAAUAGAAACUUGUAUCUGCCGCUGUACAAGUUUUCUCGACAUGUCUCACCGCCAAGUGGUUUCCACACCUUUGGGUGCCUUGUGUCUUACCGUUUAAGUGAGCCUGACCAACAACUUCCCUUCCCCAGACCGGGACAUAUGGGGGUAUUUGUGGGGAUCUCGUCUGACGGUUACGAGGUGGUGGAUCUUGAAACGCAUGAGCAUCAUUUUGUGAUAGACGUCGAGUUCUACCCAGGAAUUACCCCCUUGAAAUAUGAGUACCCUGGGUGGAAGGGCGCUCCUCCGGACCCUAACGGUGCCGAACCUCAGCUGCAUCCGUUUCGGACGCCGCGUAUGGACUCGAUUUCUCGAUUGGAGUGGAGGCCAUACCCUCACGACGUCACUGUUAACUUUGGCGACUCCAUUGCUCGCAAUCGGGCGGUUCCAGUAGCGAUGUACUUCCGCGGAACUACUGAAUCUUUGGCCGAUUACACCAACCGAACCGCCUUUGAGCUGGCUAUACCCCAUAACAAAUUUCCAAUUAAAGAGAUCACCAGCACUCUUCCGGAGACUAUCUGGGAAGACGUAUUCGCACAGCAACCGAAUCUCAGUUUUUAA